AUGACCGAGGCGGACAGGUCGCCGUUCUCGGCGCCGAACACACUGGACAGUGGGCUAAGUCGGAGCGAUCAGGAAGAUGUGGCUGGCACGAGCGCUCGAGAGUGGAAGACGCUCUUCGCUCCUAUGCAGUCCAACGCCGGUCCAUCGUCUUCUGCGGCCACUCGCGCGAGCAUCAAGCGCGCCAACACAACCGAAUCGUCCGUAUCGAUUCGUCAGCAGCAAGUGCGCGGACGCGGGGGGCCACCACGAGGUCGAGGCGGACGUACGCAGGCUUCACGCCGGCUUCUGGACGCCUCGGAUGCGGCUGCAUCGUCGCCGCCGUCGUCUCCGACUGACCCUGUCUCGCGCAUUCGUCACAAGAUCGUCACCACCCCUCUGCCGCCGGACUCGGUGCUGACGCCGACGGGCACGACGUACCGCAGUGUGGUGUGGAAGCUGCUGCUGGAUAUCCGCGAUCUGGACGUGGCCGAAUACCUCUCGCUCGUAGCCAAGGGCAAGUCGCCAUCGCACGACAAGAUCCGCAACGACACCUUCCGCACGCUCGCCACCGACCAGGGUUUCAAGGAACGCGUCAAGGAAGAGAAGCUCAUCCGGCUGCUCGACGCGUUUGUGUGGAAGCACAAUCGCUCCGACGACAGCGCCGAUGAGGCCGAUGCAGACGCAGACGUGUACGAGUUCAGCUACGUGCAGGGCAUGAACGUGCUCGCUGCACCGUUCCUGUACACGCUCGAGAGCGAGGUCGAGGCAUUCCGAUGCUUCAGUCGCUUCAUCGAAUACUGUUGCCCGCUUUAUGUCCAACCAACCCUCUCUGGCGUCCAUCGUGGACUUCAGCUAUUGGACCGGUGUCUAGAGUUGCUGGAUGCGCCGCUAUACCAUCACUUGCGCGGCAAGAAUCUGUCGGCAGAGAUCUACGCUUUUCCGUCGGUGAUGACGCUGUGUGCAUGCACGCCGCCUCUUCCCGAGGUGCUGCAAUUGUGGGACUUUCUGCUUGCCUUUGGUGUGCAUUUCAACGUGCUAUGCAUCGUUGCACAGCUGCACAUCAUGCGUGCCGACCUGCUCGAAUCCGCCAGCCCCAUGAAGCUCCUUCGCAACCUUCCCCCGCUCGACGCACGCAAGAUCAUCAAUGUCACCGUCACCCUAGCCCGCGACAUCCCCGCAGACCUUUUCCAAGAUCUCGUCAAACAUCCGUACCACCCGGACAGCGUCGCUGCUUUCACCUGA